UAUCAAAAGAACACCUGAAUUCUACUGAUACUAAUACUGAGGUUAUUGAGGAAUCUGUUAACAGAUCACGAUCAAAUACUAGGAAAUUUGAGAAAUCUGUUAACAGACCACGAUCAAAUACUAGAAAACUUGAGAAAUUCGUUAACAGAUUACAAUCAAAUACUAGGAAAACAAAAAUUCCAGAGAUCAACUUGUUUUCAAACAAUGAUUUCAUAUUUCAGACAAGUUCAAGUAAUACUACUAGGAUAGGAGAAACAUUAACAAUGCCUUUACUUGAUAUAACAAGCUCCAAAGUAUCUCAAGGUUCUAAAGAAUCUGCUGAAG